AGCGAUGUUAUUCGGCCAGAGAGUCUCGGGAAAACACCGCGAACCGAAAUGAACGUCAGCCGCGUCGCGUGCAUCCUCUCCUGGUUGUUGCUCUGCUUGACAUCGCGCACCUUCGGUGAAUACGAAUCGAGGGAGAUGUCGAAUGGCGAGUCGAGCGACAGGUUGCCGGGGAACAACUUUGGCUCGUGCACCGACGGCAAAUGCAUAAAACGCACCACGCAGGAAAUCACGAGCGGCAUGUGGUUCGGCCCGCGCCUGGGAAGGAGACGUAGAUCGGGCGAGAGACCGGAAGUCGGAAGCCCCGACGACAUCGAGGCUCUGGCGAAUGCCCUGGACGGAGCGCGCUGGACUCUCGUCAAGAUUCCAGCUAACGACAAGAGGCAACCGACUCAAUUUACGCCGCGUCUGGGACGAGGUUCCAGCGAGGACCUCUUCUCCUACGCUCCUGGAGACGCGCUGGACAGAAGCGAGGAAAACGAUCAUCCGUCACCGCCGCUCUUUGCGCCGCGUCUAGGACGUCGGCUUCCUUGGGCACCGUCGCCGAGACUCGGCCGUCAAUUGCGCAACGCGCUGCGAAAGAUGUAGGGCGUGCCGUGACGCACGGCACCUCCAACGAACACCUCGACUCGAAAAGAACGAACGGCGAUUGAAAUUAUAGCACAAUUACGAUACGGAACGAGAGAGAGAGAGAGAGAGAGAGAGAGAGA